GGAAGAGAGAGAAAGAGAGAGAGAGACCACACGACGAAGGUUUCACUGAGACGUCAAUGGUGGUUUAGGGUUUCCGACCGAUCUUCCGAAGUCCGAAGCUAUAUUUCAAAUUUUUCGUUUUCUACAGUUUUCCCUAUUUACCCUUUUACCUAAAUUAUUCAUUAGUUCCAAUCCGCCUGCCCACACCAUCAAUUCAGUUUGCCGCAGCUCUUGUUAGUGUGUAUUCAAAUUCUGGAACUAGAGGUUAGAGGUAUCUAUGGGUGCGCCAGAAAAACAAUCAAUUUCUAGUAGUUUGAUGCAGCGUGUUAAAGUGUAUCGUUUGAGUGACGAUGGGAAGUGGGAUGAUCAGGGGACUGGACAUGUCACUGUUGACUAUAUAGAGAGAUCGGAAGAACUUGGUCUGUAUGUGAUUGAGGAAGAAGACAAGGAAUGUUUACUUGUACACCGUAUCAAUGCGGAAGAUAUAUAUCGAAAACAAGAAGAUACAAUCAUCUCCUGGCGAGAUCCUGAGUAUUCUACUGAAUUAGCUCUUAGCUUUCAAGAAACGGCAGGGUGUUCAUACAUAUGGGAUCAGAUUUGCAGUGUACAAAGAAGUAUGCGUUUUGGUGCCAUCAACUCUGAAGCAUACCAUGGUAGUAUCAACAGUGAGUUGAGAGAUUUUCCUGCAAUUGAACUCUCUACACUUCCUUUAGUACUGAAGACUGUUGUUGAAAGUGGCAUUUCGGAUCAGAUACGCGCUACAGACCUGAUAUUACGUGAUCAAGAUUUUUUCCGGAAGCUUAUGGACCUCUUUCAGAUGUGCGAGGACAUGGAAAACAUGGAUAGUCUUCACAUAAUAUACAAGAUUAUCCGAGGAAUCAUCUUACUAAAUAGUCCCCAGAUCUUUGAGAAAAUAUUUGGGGAUGAAUUGAUCAUGGAGAUAAUUGGCUGCCUUGAAUAUGAUCCAGAUUCCCCUCAUGUGCAACACCAUAGAAAUUUUCUUAAAGAGCAUGUAGUCUUCAAGGAGGCUAUACCUAUUAAAGACCCUAUUGCUCUGUCAAAAAUACACCAAACAUAUAGAGUUGGUUAUUUGAAGGAUGUUAUUUUGCCAAGAACGUUGGAUGAUGCAACUAUUGCAAAUCUCAACUCUAUCAUCCAGACUAAUAAUGGAAUGGUUGUUUCUUUAUUAAAAGAUGACAGCACUUUCAUCCAGGAGCUGUUUGCCAGGUUGAAGACACCUUCCACUUCUGAGGAAUCCAAGAAGAAUUUGGUACUCUUCUUACAUGAAUUUUGCAACCUAAGUAAGAGCUUGCAGACGGGCCAGCAAGUGCGACUAUUUAGGGAUCUGGUUAGUGAGGGCUUAUUUGAUGUCAUUGCUGACAUUUUGAGGAGUCAAGAUAAGAAGCUUGUACUAACUGGGACAGACAUCAUUGUUCUCUUUCUUAAUCAGGAUCCAAACCUCUUACGAUCUUAUGUUAGUCGACAAGACGGGAUUGUCCUUCUUGGACUUCUGGUAACAGGAAUGCUCACUGACUUUGAAGGUGACAUGCAUUGCCAGUUUCUUGAGAUUCUUAAGAGCCUUUUGGAUUCUUAUACAUCUGGAGUCCAGAGAGAAACUAUUAUCGAGACUUUCUAUGAGAAACACUUGGGUAAACUGAUUGAUGUUAUAGCAGUAUCAUGUGUUCCCAGCAUCACUUCCCCACCUCCAGAUGGAUUUCAAAGCUCUGGAAGAGACAUACAAUGUCAGAUUAGGGCAAAGCCUGAGAUUCUUUUGAACAUUUGUGAUCUACUGUGUUUUUGUGUGUUGCACCACCCUUACAGAAUAAAAUGCAACUUUCUUCUCAAUAAUGUAAUAGACAGGAUUCUGCUUCUGACACAAAGAAGGGAAAAGUACCUAAUAGUUGCUGCUAUUCGUUUUUUCCGAACUCUCGUUUCACGGAAUGAUGAGCAACUGAUGAGUCAUAUUGCAAGGAACAACCUCCUAAAACCAAUUGUAGAGGCAUUUGUUCGCAAUGGGAGUCAUUAUAACUUACUGCACUCUGCUAUUCUAGAACUUUUUGAGCACAUCCAGAAGGAUAUAAAGUCACUUCUCAAAUGUUUAGUUGAAUCAUUUUGGAAUGAAUUGGCUGAAUUUGAGAAUCUAUCUACCAUCCAAGCACUAAAAGUUAAAUAUGACCAGUCCAUCGAGAACUCUGGUGCCAAGGCCUCAAUUGACAUGUUGAAUAUUAGAAAAAGAGUAGAUGAGCGUGCAAUGGAGAAAGAGGAGGAAGAUUAUUUUAACGAAGAAAGCGAUGAAGAAGAUUCAGCAUCAGUAAACGCUGCUAGGUCAACUAGGGAAAAGGUUAAGCCUCUUUUGCAGAACGGAUCUACCACAAAUAACCCAUCAUUAAGUCCAAGAACUAGUGGCCUUGUUGAUUAUGAUGAUGACGAAGACGAUGAAGAUUAUAAACCACCGCCCAAAACGCGGUCUGAGAAUUCUAAUGCAGACGAGGGAGAGUUAGAAUCCAUAAAGUUAAAAAAAAGGUCGCCCUCAAAGGAAGAACCAGAGCUAGUAAAGAAACAACGGUUAGUUAAAAACUCGAGAGCGAAAGAGGGAGGUGUGUUUGCAGCUUUAUGUUCUACCUUCUUACCCAGUAAAAAAGCGGCAAGCCCUAGUCCUGUUCGCAUCAUUCCCCCGUCAACAGAUGAAGAAGAGAAGCACACAGCUACUAAAGAAGAAGAACCAAUGAAGCAGACAGAUGAUAAGCACAACCAUACUAAUUUAGAUCAAAAUGGCUCUGAAAUCCUAUUACUUAGUACUUCAGAUAAUGUACAAUCUAAUGGAGAAGAAGAAGAAGAGGAUGAUUCGAUAGUUCCUGCAAAGCCUUCGGCCGAAAUGGCUGUAAAUGGAUCCUGAGUCUUUCUGGCGAUUUUUAUUAUGACUUUUUUAAUCUCACCUUUGAAACGUGUAUGUUUAUGGAGCAGAUCGAGGUGGUUCUAAAUCUGAUUGCUUGCUCCGUGUAAGGUGAUGUUACUAAUUGAUGGGAUAUUCAGAGUGUUCCGAGAGGAUGAACUGUACAGCAAACCACCAUCAAUCAAAGCCCAAGCAGGGAAUGAAUGUUUAUGACAUCACAAAGCUCCUCCAAAUUAUGCCUUUGAUUGUAAAACAGUAAUUACUACUAUUAGUGUUCAAUACUUUUUUUUUUCUUCUUCUGUCGCCUUCUUUAUGGUUUUCUGGUUAUCUUGAACUAGACAUUUUUACUAAUCUUAACUAUCAAAAGGGAAUAAAUUGGCCCCUUAUAGUGUUCCA